UCCUUCAAAAAGCAAAGAGAAUACAGGAAUUAUAUACGACAUUAGUUACUUCCCAUGGCUGCUAUGUUUCUGCUUCUUCUGUUCUCUACAUUUCAUACAGCAAAAGCUCAAUAUGGAUCAGCCAACAUAAGCUUGGGCUCAUCUCUUUCCCCCAUCACCAAUUCAUCAUGGCUCUCAAGUUCUGGCAAAUUUGCCUUUGGAUUUUACCCACAAGGUAAUGGCUUUUUAGUUGGAAUCUGGAUUGCCAAAAUCCCUGAAAAGACAGUAGUUUGGACAGCUAACAGAGAUGAUCCAACUCUGUCUAGAGACGUUAAGUUGCUCUUGACUGUUGAAGGUAGUCUAAUCUUGCAACUGACAGAUGGACGAGAGAAAUCCAUUGCUGCAACUCCCCAAUCUGCUUCCUCUGCUUCCAUGCUCGACUCGGGCAAUUUCGUUCUCUAUGAUUCACAGUUGAAAAUCAUGUGGCAGAGCUUCAAUUUUCCAACUGAUACCCUCUUACCAAGUCAGCAGCUGGCGGCAGGGAGAAUACUAUAUUCCAGCGUAUCUGAAACUAACCACUCCACUGGAAAGUUUCAGCUCAUUAUGCAGAAAGAUGGCAACCUUGUGCAGUACCCAGUAGUAGCUGUCCUAACACCUGCAGAUGCUUAUUGGAGUUCACGUACAUAUACUGCAGGAGACAAUGUAACACUAAAUCUUGGUGAUGAUGGCCACUUGUACUUGCUCAAUAACACAGGUUUCAACAUAUAUAAUCUCACGAGUGGCGGAUUUCCUGCAAAUCAAUCAACCAUUUAUCGCAUGACAAUGGAUGUGGAUGGGAUCUUUCGAUUAUAUUCCAGUUUCAUUGGCAACAAUGAUUGGUCAAUUGAAUGGUCAUCAUCGUCUGAUAAGUGUGUAGUUAAGGGUAGAUGUGGUCUAAAUGGUUACUGUACUAUCAUGGAUCAACAAUCUGUCUGCCGUUGUCCUCCUGGGUUUGAUUUCAUUGAUCAAGUUCAGCAGGAUAUGGGUUGUCAGAAGAAUUCCACUUCAGGAGACUGCCAAAACCAAGAGGUUCCUAUCAAAUAUACCAUGUAUAAGUUCGAGAAUACCAUAUGGGAAGACAACCCAUAUGCCAUCUUCAAUGCAACCAACCAAGACUGCAUGGAGGCUUGUUUAGGAGACUGCAACUGUGAAGUUGCACUUUUUCAAGAUGGAAAGUGUAAAAAGCAAAGGCUUCCAAUGAGAUAUGGCAGAAGAAAACUAGAUAACUCAACCACAGCUUUUGUCAAGGUGGGCAUUGGAAGCACAAAGGAUAUUAAAUAUGAAACUAAGACAAGGAGGGGCAUUCUGAUCACCAGUGUUUUGCUCAUUGGUUGUGCAAUCAUUGUCCUAGUUCUCACAGGCAUUCUUAUUUACAGGCAUCGUGUUUGGACAUAUAGGAAGAUUUCAAAGGAGGGGAGUAUGGGACUAACAGAGGAUUAUUUUCUGCGAUCUUUUUCUUAUGACGAGCUCGAGAAAGUUACAGAAGGAUUCAAGGAAGAGUUGGGCAAGGGCGCAUUUGGUACAGUAUUUAAAGGCACCUUGAAUGACCACAGGGUUGUAGCUGUCAAGAGAUUAGAGAAUGUGGUGAAUGGAGGAGAAAGAGAUUUUAAGAAUGAGAUGAGAGCGAUAGCGAAAACUCAUCACAAAUACCUAAUCCGAUUGCUGGGUUACUGCCAUGAUGGUCAGAACAGGCUUCUGGUAUAUGAGUAUAUGAGUAACGGAUCACUUGCAGACUUUAUCUUCAGGCUCGAAAGGCACCCCAGUUGGGAUGAAAGAGUGAGAAUUUCAUUGGGCAUAGCUAGAGGAAUCCUUUAUCUGCACGAAGAGUGUGAAACCCAAAUCAUCCACUGUGACAUAAAAGCUCAAAACAUACUCAUGGACAAGGAUCUGUGUCCAAAGAUUGCAGACUUUGGGCUGGCAAAACUGCUGAAGCCAGAUCAAACCAAGACCUUCACCGGUGUCAGAGGUACAAGAGGGUAUGUUGCACCUGAGUGGCACUGGAACAUGCCCAUAACAGUGAAGGUGGAUGUGUACAGUUUUGGGGUUGUCCUGUUAGAGAUAAUCUGUUGCAGAAAGAACCUAGAUACACAUGCUCCAGAUCACGAAAUUGUUCUUGUGAAUUGGGCGUAUGAUUGUUUUGAGAGAGGGGAGCUGAGCCUGCUGAAUGCUGAUGCAGACCUGGACAAAAAAACAUUUGAGAGGAUUGUUAAGGUUGGACUUUGGUGUAUACAAGAUGAGCCAUCACUCCGUCCUCCAAUAAAGAAGGUGGUCUUGAUGUUGGAAGGGACUGUAGACAUACCAGUUCCUCCAAGUCCCACUUCUUUUCUUAGUGCCAUUUUAGCCUCGACAGAGUAGGAUGAUCAAACCUUGUCAUUGUUUAUGAUCCAAGUAUUGUAAUGUUCGUAUUCAAUUGUUCUUU